AUGUCCGACAACGAAGUCCCCACCGGCAGCGUCACCAACGACGACUACGUCUCCCGCCCCGGCCAAAAAGACACCAUCCCCGUGCAAUCCGACGACGCCGGUGUCGAGGACCCCAUUGACGCCGAGACGGCCGACUCGGACGCUACUCUUGAGAAAGACGAGCAAGCCGCCAUGGACAAGAGCAACAUCAUCGACGAGCGCACGCGAGGCGCGGCGAAGCAAAAGGGCGCUUACACUGAGCCUGGCGAUGAGGAGGGUCUGCCUGGUGCGGAGGAUGGGACUUCGUCUGGAGCUGCGCAGUAG